GGUAGAUGGGCAGCCCAAGAUGGCCGCCGAGCCGGGCGGCGGGCGCCGCGGUGCCGCUCCUCGGCUGCUGCUCGCCGCGCUCACCGCCGCCCUGCUGCUGUGCUGCGGCCGCGCCGCCGGCCUUUCCCCCUCCUUCUCCUCUUCGUCCUGUCAGCACCGCGUGCCCGGUCGCGGGGAGGUGGUCUACCGGGUUCCUGUGAGGGAGAGCCACGUCCUGAAGAGAAGCGUGGAUCAGCAUCUGAGGGUUAAGAUUAUAUACGACAGGAGCGUUGAGGGUUUGCUGCCGGAGAAAAGACACCUUAUAAAGAACAAACUUUUCCCACAAGCUAUCUCUUACUUGGAGAAGACUUUUCAAGUGCGCAAAUCCACAGGUACCAUCUUGCUAAGCAGGCAGUGUGCAACAAACCAGUAUUUGAGGAGGAAAGCUGACCCUCACAGGUACUGCCGAGGGGCCUGUGCCAACCAUACACGAUGUGGGCCAGUUAUUGUUCCAGAAAAACACCUCCAGCAAUGCAGGGUGUACAAUCAGAAUGAGCAGCUCUCCGACGUACCUGACCAGGAAGGGGUUCGAGAUGCUGACUUUGUCCUUUAUGUCAGUGCUCUCACCACUGAAAGGUGUGGCCAUGAAAACAUCAUUGCAUAUGCAGCCUACUGCCAACUGGAAGCUGAAAUGGACAGGCCAAUAGCAGGAUAUGCUAACUUGUGUCCAAACAUGAUCUCAACACAACCUCAGGAAUUUAUUGGCAUGUUGUCUACAGUGAAACACGAGAUUAUCCAUGCACUGGGUUUCUCUGCUGGACUGUUUGCAUUUUAUCGUGAUGAUGAUGGAAAACCUUUGACAGCGAGAUAUGCAGAUGGACUCCCUCCUUUUAAUGAAAGCCUAGGUUUGUAUCAGUGGAGUGAUAAGGUUGUUCAGAAAGCAGUGAGGUUAUGGGACGUUCGUGGUGGCAAAAUGCUGCGCCAUGCUGUUUAUCUUCUGACAACACCUCGUGUUGUUGAAGAAGCUCGGAAACAUUUUGAUUGUCCAAUCUUAGAGGGAAUGGAGCUUGAAAAUCAGGGUGGCAUGGGCACUGAGCUCAACCACUGGGAGAAGAGGUUGUUGGAGAAUGAAGCUAUGACUGGAUCCCAUACACAGAACCGAGUGUUUUCCAGGAUCACCUUAGCAUUAAUGGAAGACACAGGGUGGUAUAAAGCAAAUUACAGCAUGGCAGAGAAAUUAGAUUGGGGCCGUAAUAAAGGCUGUGACUUUGUAAUGAAGAGCUGUAAGUUCUGGAUUGAUCGAAAGAAACAGAAGAGGCAACUCAUCAGUCCAUACUGUGACACUUUGAGGAGUAACCCUUUGCAGUUAACCUGCAGACAGGACCAAAGAGCAGUAGCAGUGUGCAACUUACAGAAGUUUCCAAAGCAGUUACCUCAGGAAUAUCAGUAUUUUGACAAUCUCAGUGGAGUACCAGCAGAAGACUUGCCUUACUAUGGUGGCUCAGUAGAAAUUGCUGACUAUUGUCCCUUCAGUCAAGAAUUCAGUUGGCAUUUAAGUGGUGAAUUUCAACGCAGCUCAGACUGCAGAAUAAUUGAAAAUCAACCAGAUCCUACCAAAAACUAUGGUGCAGAAGAAUAUGGACCAAACUCUGUAUGUCUGAUUCAGAAAUCAGCUUUUGUCAUGGAACAGUGCAGGAGGAAGCUCAGUUACCCUGACUGGGGUAGCGGAUGUUAUCAAGUUUCUUGUUCUCCACAAGGGCUGCAUGUUUGGGUGAAGGACACUUCAUACUUGUGCAGCCGCUCGGGUCAAGUGUUAACUGUGAGCAUUCAGAUGAAUGGCUGGGUGCAUGUUGGGAAUCUGAUCUGCCCUGCCUGCUGGGACUUCUGUGACUCCUGUCCCCCAGAGCGGGAUCCUCCAGCUUUGAACUUGUCAAGAGCUGCAGCAAUUGACUUGUGCUCCUCUUCAUCUAGCCUAGUCAUAACCCUCUGGCUGUUGAUGGCUAACUUGAUUCCCCUGGUAACAGGAUUAUUCCUCUGCGCAUAGCUCAAGCGGGGAGCAAGAAGAUGUUCCAAGAUGAUGCACUGCAGUGUUGCACCUCUUAUUGUGGAACACCGAGUUGUUUUGUCUCUGCAGGCAGCUGCCUUCUUCUGAGCCUCAUCUCUCCUGGCAAGUAGUGAUGCUGGCAGUAGUCAGGGAGGUGCUAACGACAGCAACCAGAGCCUGAGAGAGGUGGAAAAUGUUCCAUGUCAUCUCAAUAAGUGCCAGUAUUUUCCUGAAUUGCAACCCUUGAUUUUGACACAGUAACAAGAUUGCUGUGCCAGCCUUCUUGGCAGCUUGGUCAAGAUUUGAAAGGAGAACUGCUGUAGUAGAAUUUGGGAUUGUGGUUUGUUUGGUUUGGUUUUUUUUUUUUUUCUUUUUUUCUUCAGUGUGACUGGUAGCAAAGCAGCCUCAAACUGGAAAUAUACCUCAGUGGUUUAGUUGAAAGCCAUGUGAAAAUCAGUUAUCGUCACUGCUAAUAACUCAGACCUAAACAGGUAUGGGAGGUUUCUGUCAGUUCUUACAUUUUACAGGGAAAAAUAAUGGAAUUGAAUGGACCAGGUGUUGGGAAUUGUUUCCACAACUGAAUUCUGCAGCUUUGAGGCUUCUCAGAAUUCGUAUAAUUUUGCAGUAAAGCAUCUCUUGGGGUUCACUUAAACCUUCAUAUGUGCACAGGGUGGAAUUUCAGAGUGAUGGCCAUGACAACUGUCUAGAAGUCACAUCUUUGUUUAGCAUGUGAAAUAUUUGAAUAUUCUCAGAGUGGUUUGCUAGACAAACACAUUUCAGUACUGAUACUAGUCUGUAAAAUUGGGCAGGGUUUUCUGAUUUUUUUUUUCUUAAAUCAUGGCAUUGUUUUUUAUUAGUAUGAGCAUUAAUACAGUUGUGCUCACUUUUUAUUGUAGCCAGUAGCUAUGGCAGCUAUCAUCUUACAGAAUCAUAUUGACUUCUCUCGGCCAAAACUGAAUUGAGUAGGUAAAGAAAAGUCUAAUCUGUCUUCUUCCACCCCUCUUUCUUGAACCAGUAGUUGAUGGUUCAGCUACCCAAAUAAUUGGCAUUUGGAUUACGUUAGAGAAUCAGACACUUUGAGAUAUGCACGGGCAUGCCUUGGUACAAAAUUCGUCUCUUGGGGGACAAAAUCUGCUUGAGAAAGGAAAUGAGCCAAGUGUGUCUCACUGAGGACAGCCGCUCUAUCUGACACUUAUGAAGAUGAGGUUUUUUUGUUCCUGACCCUACGUAAUGUGUUACUAAUAGUGCCUAUUAGAGGCAUACUUCUGAAAUGAAAGGUAGAGGGAUGGAAAGAGUAACUUCUUUAGUUACGAUUAAUGUUUAAUAAUAGGACUUCCAUUGUACUUGUAAGGACACUAAAGAUUAUCUUUGUGCCUAGUAUAUAGACAAUUUAUGACACUUUAUGACACUGGUGAGGUGAGUAAACUGUUACCUAAAACUGUCUGAGGGCAUGUUGCUAAAAGAUUACAUUGCACUGGGCUCGUUCCCUUCUGAUCUGCAAGUUAUGCAUAGUUUGCUUUGAGCUAAACAAGGCCUGGUUAGCCUUAAUUCGUGUUUCUGAGAAGCAAUACAAAUUAGGGAUCAAAUGCUUUAACUGUGUACAAGUUUGAAUCAAGAAACACUCAAAUUGAUAAGCAAACACUGCUAACUUUUUAAGGUGUGCACAAUCAGCAGUCAGUGUAACUGAAUUCCUUCAAAAUGCAAAGGUUUGAGAAUAUAUCUUUGGCCCCAGAGGUUGGUAUUAUGUCUUUUGUCUGUUGUGCAAUAAUACAGUUGAAAUGGCAUCACUCAACAGCAAUGCUUUUUAUACUUGAAAAGAAAUUAUUGGUUAUUUUUUCUUACUGUGAAAUAUUUGCACUGUUGGAACUCUCUGGUUAACUUUAUAACUGUUAAACAUUUCUAAUGGUGUUAAUUUAUUGCACUUGGUAUUUGAUAUGCUGGUCUCUAUGUGUAAGUGGAGUUUGUUAUAUUUAAGUGAAUAUUUUUUUUAUCUUCUACCCAGUUGUUUAUCUCAAGGGCUUUUCUGAGCACUAACUGAAAACUGAAAGAUGGCUUAAAAUGUUGAUGCUUCCCUGCUUCUGGAUUUGGAUAAAGAAAGGCUGCAGUGUGUUGUACCUACAGGGAACAUCUGUCUGCCUGUCAGAGUGCUAGCAGUCAGGUUCGGCCCUACCUGCUGAGUAGCUGCAUCAGUGAAUCCAGUGAAGUAAAACUAUUAACGCCUUAAUAAUCUGAGCUUUCAGUUGUAAUUUCUUUGACGUGCAGCCCCUAAGUUGGCCGUGAACCACAGAAUUGGAAGCGACUUGUUGGGAGAGCGGAUUGAAGCGGGCAGAAUCCAGCCAGUUCUGUCGGUGAGCUGGUGGCUGCACCCUUGCUGGAGCUGCCAGAGGAUGUGUCAGGUUCGCUUUAAAGUGGCAGUGAAUUGAUGGCCUGUCAAAAGGAAUAUCUGAGUAAAACUGCCUACCUCAGUUCUGUGUGGCGUUGAGUUCAGCUUUUAGCCUGUUGUUAACUUGAGCGGCUUAAGGUGAAUUAAGUAAAAACACGCCUCAGGUCUUUAAGAGCAACAUAAACAUAGUAGGAAGCGUAAGCCAUUUCUUAGUGUAGAACAAAGCUAAAACUGUAGCUUAAAACAAUCAUUUGUGUAGCCUUAAGUAUGGUUUCCCCAGUAGGAGUUUGUAUUGGCUUGAAACAAAUACAGAGUUUGCAGGUGGCUGCUGUGGGUUUCCUGAGCAUGUCAUGGCCAGUCCAUCACACUGCAGCUCUUAUAUGUGAAAACUUUGAGGUAUGGCCCAAACAAGCCUUGUUUUCACCAGGGUGGUUAGCGUUAUUCCCUGGGCUCUUCCUGCCCUAGGAAAUAAAUGGAUCGACUUCUCUGCAUUUCCAGUAUGUAACAUACACAGUUUUAAUAUUAAAAAAGCAUGUUCCAUGUUUCCUUGUGGAAGUAAACUGGUCAUCUUUAGUUAUCCCAGUAGUUCAAAUAUAUAUAUAUAUUUAAAUUAUAUAUAUCAAUUAGAAGUCGAGGCAAGUCAUGCUGUAGGAACUCAUUUUCCUCAUGUUUCAGUUAGAAGAAGGAAGGAGAGCUUUUGGCUGGAGUAUGCACCAAGUUAAAUGACAUAGAGAAACAGGCUGCUCCUUUCCCUUGAAACGUCUUGAAGUUCUGGGAGGCUGUUCUGUGUGCAGGUUACUAACUGGAACAGAACUUUGAUGCUCACCAGUUGACUGUUGGUGCAACAUAGCCCAUUCUUUUUGUUAUGCACUGCUUAAUUAGGAAGACUGGUGCAAAUCUUCCUGCUCAAAUACGUUUCGGUAGAGAGGGAUGCAUAGGGCCUCCCUUCCCCACAUGUCCCAUGCAUGGCUGUGAGCUGAACUGUGGGAGCCUGCAGCCUGGUUGGGCUUGGCCCAGUGCUUGGCUGGAUGCCUGCAUGUGUCACUCUUUGGGUCAGGGGUCUGUGUUGUUACAUUCAAUGAUGCCAUCUUACACCAUCAGACCUCCGAAGUGUAAAUGUUGCCUUCAGAAUGUGAAGCUUCCCUUGGAGAUAAAACAACUGUCUUGGGAGAACUGGCUGACCUUGAAUAUGUGUUUCUUAUUUUGGUACAGAAUGUAAAUACAGAACAAACUAUUUUACAUAGAUUUUGACUGGGUUGAGAUAUAAGGGCUAAUUUUUGUUAUUUAUGAAGUACAAGUCUCCUUAUUUUACUGUGUAAAAGUGUCAUACAAAAGAAGGAAAAAAAUAUGUUCAUCAAUAAAGAUGUCUGUAGAAAAUGGACUCUUCUUGGCCUUUUCU